AUGAAGAAGGUCUUGCUUUUGCAAAAUAACGUAAUAAUUCCAAGUCAAAUCCUUAGAGAAACGACGAAGAAACCCGAAACAUUAAACGUAACCGAAUCCCGACAGUUCAGAGAACACGGGUUACUAAAUAUCAGUGACGGUGCGUACGAGUUCUUCAUGCUCCUCGAACAGCAAAGAGUAGACCAGAUUAACUCGGUUCGAUUAUCUCAGCAAGGACCUGACCUGAUCAAAGAUUCGAUUGAAGAUGUAACAAAAAACGAAGUCUUACAAACCAAAUUUCUAAAUCUUUUUUGCUUAGAUGAUAAUGGUGAUAAGGUGAGUUUGGGAAUACUAUGGUAUUUAUAUAUCUAUGUUAAUAACAGUAAGGUGUAAUGGUUGUUUUACGAAAACAGUGGAUGUUGUCAAAGAACAUCCAACAAACUAAACAAUUCUGUAUUUUAUCACUUAUAUGUUUUCCCCAUAUUCUAGGCAAUGGUAUUAGAACUCUACCGUGAAGUUGUAAUUCGCUAUCUCAAAAUGGGCGCUGGUCAAUUCCUUCGUGAUUUUAGGAAAGAUUACCAGCUGCAAAAGACUUUCGCACACCGUAAAUCCCUGAUGCAAAAGAAGGAAAAAGCAAAUAAAAAGAAACUCAAGGUACAUAUUCCACACAUUGAACAGGAUACAAGUAAAGGUAAGAAACUUUCCCAUUUAAGAUUGCAAGCACUAGUGGCUAAAUUGAACGCAGAAGGAUUACGGAGUCUGUAUCAAAAGAAAGAGUUGCAAAAACUGUGUGACGCCUAUAAUGUGAGAUACCUUUCACGAUGGAACAAAGGGAAUCUGGCGAAUGAUCUUGCCCAAGCAAUAGUCCAAAACGAGGCGAUUCCUGCUCCUCAGGUCCUAUCAUUUUAUCGCUCAGAACUUUCGGGAGAAGACCACGUGAACAGUGUUCCAGUUAUUCGCAUUAGGCGUUUAUGUUAUGGUUCUACCUCGUAG